AAUGAUUCAGAAAUCUGAUCUUCAUUGAUGAUAAACUAUAAGAAUGGUAACUUAGAGAUAGGACUAAACAAUAUGAGGUUGUGGGGCUGAAUCUGUGGAGGAAGGUAACAGGAGUCCAGGCUCUAGGGUCCAAGUGACUCGGCAGUGAUGAAGAAGCAAAAUGUUCGCACCCUAUCGUUAAUUGUGUGCACAUUUACUUAUCUGCUGAUUGGUGCUGCUGUUUUCGAUGCUUUGGAGUCAGCUACUGAGAAAAAUAGAUUUGAUGUCCUACAAGCGAUAGAGGGUAUGUUGAUAAGGAAAUAUAACUUCACUGAAGAAGACUUCAGAGUGAUGGAAAUGGUGGUGCUCAAGUCUGAGCCGCAUAAAGCUGGACAACAGUGGAAGUUCACUGGUGCAUUUUACUAUGCAACCACAGUACUUACUACUAUUGGCUAUGGACACUCCACUCCUGCGACCAUUGGUGGUAAGCUGUUCACAAUGUUCUAUGCAAUAGUUGGCAUACCACUUGGUCUGAUCAUGUUCCAGAGCAUCGGUGAGAGAGUCAACAGACUUAGUAGUGUUAUAAUAAAAGCAUUGAAGAGGGCGCUGGACUGCAAACAAACGACAGCAUCAGAAGUGGACCUGAUCUGUGUGGUGACCACACUUUCCUCGCUGACCAUCGCUGGUGGUGCGGCUGCAUUCUCCAAGUUUGAAGGAUGGAGUUAUUUUGAUAGUGUAUACUACUGCUUUAUAACACUAACUACUAUUGGUUUUGGUGACAUGGUGGCUCUACAAAAAGACAACGCAUUGAAUCGCAAACCGUCGUAUGUGAUGUUCGCGUUGAUCUUCAUACUGUUUGGUCUGGCUAUUGUGGCCGCUUGUCUCAACCUGCUCGUGCUGCGCUUUGUCACAAUGAACACUGAGGAUGAGAAGAGAGAUCAACAGCAAGCGGAACAGGCGCAGCAAGUUGCAGUGAGGCUGGAGGGUGAUGUGAUAACAGCAGAUGGUGCGGUGCUGCGGGGAGUCGCACGAGGCACAAGACUGCCUGCUGCACCACACAGGGAUAGACCAGGUGAUACGUCUUUGAUACCGCUGUAUAUAGAUGAGGAUUACGCACCGAGCGUUUGUAGCUGUUCUUGUAACUGUUUUGCUCCAAACAAAUCUAUACAAUAUAGAGAUCCACUAUCACCUGUUCCACCAACAAACAUAAAGCAUAUAAAAUCCAAAAACUACCGAGAAUUGGGCGGAUUACCUCGAUACAUAGAGAAGUCAUCAUCUAAGAACAGAUCUCAAACUUUACGUCUAAAUUCAGCAUCCGGUUAUCUUUAUAUGAACGCGAGGAAUGACUUCACAUUAGAUCCGGAGGAUUUUAGAGAAAUGGUCGCAAAAAGACGGGAACAAUUAAGACGGGGAGUUAUGAUGUAUGAAAUGAGAUGUAACGAAGAACAAUACCUGAAUCCAUACAGAAACAGUCUCAGCACCAGAAUGGAGACAAGUCCUCAUAGUUCCUCGCUCUAUUCCAUGAAUAUAAGAUCAGAUAAUCGAAGCAACGAUCCAUUAGUUGAUGAUUAUGAUUCAGAGAAAUCUAGUUACGCAAGAAAGAAGCUGAUGAAGAACAUAGCAAGAAAUACAAGCAACAAACGUGUAGAAAAUUACUUCUACGAUGACGCUGUUCUACAUUUCGAUGACGAAUACGCUUUCGAUGGAUCGAUAUUGUUCGCGAAACGAAGAAAAUCGAUUGAACCGAAUUGGGACGAAUUCGCAUGUGUUAUGCCAAAAAAUCCGGCUUACGAGGACCAAAUCUCAAAUGACGGUAGUUGUGGUUACUAUCUACCAGAUGAUGAUCAACAAUACUUCGUUAAUGACACCCUGACCUUUAACAUGCCACCACAUAGAGCUAGCAUAUAGUUUAAGUGCCAAAGACUUUGCCAAACUAUAGUUUUAGUGUUACUAACAUAAACG